UUUAUAAUCUGCAGCAAUUUUUUACGAAUACUAUCAAUGUACAAGUACAAUAAGUUAAUAGUUAUAUUUUUAUUUUGAUGACUUAACGACCGAUUCCAAAAAACAAUAUGGCGGACGAAGUUGCUAGUCAAAGUGCAACUGAGAUUGAUCCGGUGUACCAAAACACAUCAAAUCUGAAAAUGGUUUAUGAAGAAGACAAUGUGAAAAUAUUAAAAUCCAAGCUGGAAGGAUGGAAACAAGUUGUUCAAGUGGUACAUUCAAUACUCGUUUGGGAGCAGUCGUAUUAUCCUGCUCUUCUGGCUGGUUUUGUUGCUCUUCAAUUUAUCCUUCUUUGGUACUUUGAGCCAUCAGUUCUUACUACAUUUUCUGUACUUGGGAUAUUUGUAUGUGUGGCUGACUAUGCUGUUCCCAUCAUAUGUACCACAUUCUUAGAUACCUCUAGAUGGACGGAAGCCCAAGAACACAAGCAUGAGGAUAUUUGCAAGUCAAUCAUCCAUGCAAAGCAGCAAAUCUCUGAGUUAUGGCUAUUAUUCACUCAACUGAGAGAGACUAAGCCAAAACUUUACUUUGUGAGUGUGCUGAUUAUUUUAUUGGUUUUGGCCUGGAUUGGUAAUGUUGUGAACAACAUGCUGCUCGCCUUCCUUUUUGUUCUAGGACUGGUGAUGCUACCUGGUCUGAAACAUCAAGGAAUUCUUCAAAAGUACAUCAGCCAAAUAGCACAGCAGCUAAAGAACAUUGUUGGUCAGAAGCUGAAGAAGAACUAAAUUUAAUCUUAUUGAAAACUUCAUCUUUAUUGUAGUUCAUAGUUGUAUUCCAGCAUUUAAGAGAAUAUUUAGUGAUUAUUGAUUUGUCCCCAAUGUUCUAUGCUGUCAGGUUCUUUGUGCCAAUUUUCUUAUUGCUCAAAGCACUAGUCCAUAUACUUAUUUAAAUUGAAAUUUAAGAUCAAAGGUUUAUCGUAAGUUUUUUGUCUUUUCACAUUCAUCUGUUCUGUAGCAUAUAGAAUAUUUCAUACUUUUCAAAAGCUAAUGCACUUUUUAAAGGCUUGAGAAAUGUAAUGAAACAUCAUGUUAGGCUGUAGAUAUUUUUCUCAUAUUCCUUUUAGUUACUCCAUUAUGCCAUAUCUUAUGAUAAUGUGUUUAUUUUCUUUGGUAAACCUGAGAAGUUAUCAUCAGACUAAGUAAUAAUUUAUUUUAUAGUCACAUUGUGUUUAUCUUGAUCUCUUUUAGUCUUUCGCUUUAGGUCAGUUAUUUUUUUCUUAUGUGCUUUUAAUAUUGAUAGUUGUGUAUAGAACCUUGAACUCGAAUUUAAUUACAUUUAGUUCAGUAAUUUGUUUUUGCCUUCUACCCUUCUAAAUACUGAUGGCAGUAAAAUUUUAACACAAGUUAUUGAAGUUUUAUGCAAGAUACACCUUUAACCUGUAGGAAAUGAAAUGAAGGAUCCUUCAAACAUUAGUGGUCAAAAAUGUAUUGCAAACAUUUCUUAACUAAUUGUAAAAAAAAACAUUAUGCAUUUUUUUUUUUUGUAAACUUUAGAAAAUAUUUUGGUAAACAAACAAUUUGUUACUUUGGCAAUCCAGUCAUAGGAGUUGAUGGUUCAGGAGUAAAGCCAUUUAGUUCUGUUCUCUUGUUACUUUGGCACAGCAAGGAAGCUGGAUAUUCUAGAGUGAAUCUCCGUCAACAUCUGAAAUAAAUUGUUUUGAAGCUCAUCGCCAUAGUAGUUUGAAUGGAGGAAAAAAGGAGGUGAUAUAAUUAGGUAUUGUAUCAAAAAUUCUAAGUGCAUAUACUUGAUUUUAUAAUCUUUUCCAGCAAACAUCCUGAAAUUUAAUUUGUUUAAUAAGGUUGGAGAACUUGAAACGAGAUGAAAAAAUGUAAUGGCAUAUAAAUAUUAGUUGUUUGUAAUUGCAUAAUUUUCUAUGAGAAAACUUCAGGAUAGCAGUACACAAGGUAUUUAAACUAAAUAGUCUCAAGCAUGAUAGUCUGGAAAUCUGGCUCAGCAAGCUGAUGCAAGGAUUGCACAGAAUAUAUAUCAGAAUUUUAGUUUGUUCUUAAAACUUGUUUACUUAGUUGUUGUUAAUGUUAUUUUUAAGCCCUUAGUUUGAUUUACUAUUUUAAGUUUUUAAUAAUUAUGCUAGUGAGUUCCACAAGGAGUACUUCACUUUUUUAAUGUGUGAAUAAUGAAUAUAAGUUUCACCUAUUAACAUUUUAUAUAUAGACCUUAGUUCAAUAAACUGGUUCUUGAAAAAGAAAAGUCAUGUUAAACUCAUGAAGCUAAAAUUAUGCUGUGUCAUAUAAAAACCUCACUUAGAGUAUAUAGCUCUUGAAAAAAAGUGGCAAUGUUUAUUCCUGAAAGUUUUAAUUGCAAACUUAAGUAAAAGUACUUCAGUCUUAAGAAACUCGUAAUUCUAAAUUGAAGCUAAAGUUUCCAUUUCCUGUGAAAAAUAAUAGUUUUUAGAUAUUUCAUCAAAAUCAUUAAGAUUAAAAUAUAAACUCUUAAAAUAUUACAAAGUAUAUUGGUUGAUUUGUUAACCAACAUCUAAAAAUAGAGGUGAUGGGUUAAGUAUUUGACAUAAUAGUAUAACUAACGCUAACAGAUCUACUAUUACAUAUCUAUUUAAAAAUUUCUGUGUAUCACAGAACACAAUACUGUGUUCAUUGGUUUCUGUAGUUUGACUUAAUUUUGUUAUUUUUGUUCUGGAUCUUUGUGUUUGUUCAUUACAGCAAAAAUAUAUAUUUAUAGAUAAAGAUUUUAGCACCCAGUACAUAAAUUACAUUUGUUACAGCAGCAAGUAUAACAACAUUAUGUUAGAUUUUAGUUACUGACAUCAAAAUAUGCAAACUGGUAUAUUGCAUUGCAGUAUGUGAUGUUUUGAUCCUUUUUUGUUCAUGUUAAAGAUUUGGCUUUAAUGGACUGCUCCUGCCUGUUUUUAGAUAGAACAUUUUGGCUUCUUUAAUGAAGCCUUCUUUGAGUCAAAGUUCAAAUUGUUAACAGUGUAGUGUCUUUUUUUUGUUGGUUAGCUCAGCCAUGUGAUGGAGUUCCUUCCUUUGUAUUUGUCUCUCAGUGUGAGUAGACAUAUCUGAAAGUGUAUUGUGUGAGUUGUAGGCCUGUUAAAUUUAUAAAUAUGACAUCUUCAUGUUGUUUUAAAGUUGUUAUUUGUACAGUUUACAAUUCAGUUAUGGUUAAAGUUUUUUAAUAUUAUUAUCUUUACAAAACAGUUUUUGAUCUUUUUAAAGAAACAUAUUUUGAAACAAAAAAUAAUAAUGAAGUAACAUGACAGUGUUAUUCUAUUUAAGUAGACACAAUCUCAACAAUUAUGUCAAAUGUCUCAAGUUAGUAAUAUCUUCAGUGCAACUUUUCUUGUUGUCAUAAGGUUUCUUGCUUUUUUUUUUAUUGUGUAAGAUGUAUACUGCCAGAGGACCUUAUUCUUAUUCAUGCUUCACAUAUUUUAUGUUGACCCUGUAUUGUAUAAAAGUUUGGUUGUUGUGUGUUUUGCUGACUAUAUUUAAUCAGAUUUUCCCCCUUUAAAAUCAUGUAAUUGAUUAAUUGUUGAGUUAUUACUAAGGCCAAAUCAAACUACAUCUGUAAAAUUUUUUUGUUAUUCAUAUCAGUAUUAUUGAGUCACAGUAUUAGUAGAGAAAUUGUGAAAAAAAUAUAGAUGAUGUGUAGACUUUAUCAAAGCAGCUUAACAGAAAGGGAAAUAUUUUUUAGAAUAGCUGGUAUUCAUAAUAUAAUAAUAUUAACACAAAAUAAUUUCAUUUCUGUGUCUUUUCACUUUUAGACUCUCAUUGUUCAGUGGUACUGUAAAAGUCUUUUUCUUAUUAUACAAGAACCAUAUACUCUGUAAAGAACUUUCUAGUGUUAAUAUGUGGAUAUUUAUAUUGAAAACAACAUCCAUGUAUGAUACUGACAUUCUGAAUAAACUGUAUUUGUGUA